UGACUGUCUCCGCCCUCCCUGUCUCGGCCCAGGCCUGCUGCUGCCAUGACUGAGGAGAGCGAGGAGACGGUCCUGUACAUUGAGCACCGCUAUGUCUGCUCUGAGUGCAACCAACUCUAUGGAUCCUUGGAGGAGGUGCUUGUGCACCAGAACUCCCACGUGCCCCAGCAGCACUUUGAGCUGGUGGGCGUGGCUGACCCUGGCAUGGCGGUGGCCACAGAGGCCGCUUCAGGCACGGGCCUCUAUCAGACCCUCAUACAGGAGAGCCAGUACCAGUGUCUUGAGUGCGGACAACUACUCCUGUCCCCCAGCCAGCUCCUGGAGCACCAGGAGCUGCACCUGAAGAUGAUGGCACCCCAGGAGGCAGUGCCAGCUGAGCCACCACCCAAGGUGUCCCCCUUGAGCUCCAGCGCCAUCCACUAUGAGUGUGUGGAUUGUAAGGCUCUGUUCGCCAGCCAAGAGCUGUGGCUGAACCACCGGCAGAUGCAUCUCAGGGCCACGCCCACCAAGGCCCCUGCCCCAGUUGUCUUGGGGUCCCCAGUUGUCUUGGGGUCCCCUGUGGGCCAGGCCCGGGUGGCUGUGGAGCAUUCAUACCGAAAAGCAGAAGAAGGCGGAGAAGGGGCAGCCGUCCCGGCGGCGGCCGCCACCGCUGAGACAGUGACAGAGGUAGAGCUGCUCCUCUACAAGUGCUCCGAGUGCUCCCAGCUCUUCCAGCUGCCUGCUGACUUUCUGGAGCACCAGGCCACCCACUUCCCCGCCGUCCCAGAGGCUGAGGAGUCUGCCAUAAAGCAGGAGACCCUGAUCCCCUCACCCACCGAGGUGCCAGCGGCCCUACCCGAGCCCCUCCCGGCCUCUGACCACAGUUACGAGCUGCGCAACGGCAACGGCGAGGCCAUUGCUCGGGAUCGGCGGGGGCGGAAGCCCCGGAGGGCCAACGGUGGGGAGUCAGGUGGGGCGGCCACCCAGGAACUCUUCUGCUCAGCCUGUGACCAGGUCUUUCUGUCACCCCACCAGCUGCAGCAGCACUUUCGGAGUCACCGGGAGGGCGUCUUUAAGUGUCCCCUGUGCAGUCGCGUCUUCCCCAGCCCUUCUAGCCUGGAUCAGCACCUGGGUGACCACAGCAGUGAGUCUCACUUCCUAUGUGUGGACUGUGGCCUGGCCUUUGGCACAGAAGCCCUUCUCUUGGCUCACCGGCGAGCCCAUACUCCGAAUCCUCUGCAUUCGUGUCCCUGUGGGAAGACCUUUGUCAACCUUACCAAGUUCCUCUAUCACCGGCGUACCCAUGGGGCAGGAGGUGUCCCUUUGCCCCCAGCACCAGUUCUGCCCGAGGAGCCUGCUGUUAGCGUCCCUGAGCCAGCCCCUGCGGAGAGCAGAGAGCCAGAGGCCCCCGAGCCCCCCACGUCCGAGGAGAACCCAGCAGAGCCUGCCGCCCCAGGCACCUACCGCUGCCUCCUGUGUAGCCGUGAGUUUGUCAAGGCAUUGCAGCUGACCCGGCACCAGCGUUUUGUGCACCGGCUGGAACGGCGCCAUAAAUGCAGCAUUUGUGGCAAGAUGUUCAAGAAGAAGUCUCAUGUGCGGAACCAUCUGCGCACGCACACCGGGGAACGGCCCUUCCCUUGCCCUGACUGCUCCAAGCCCUUCAACUCACCUGCCAACCUGGCCCGCCACCGGCUCACACACACAGGGGAGCGGCCUUACCGCUGUGGGGACUGUGGCAAGGCUUUCACUCAGAGCUCCACCCUGAGGCAGCAUCGCCUGGUGCACGCCCAGCAUUUCCCCUACCGCUGCCAGGAGUGUGGACUGCGUUUUCACCGCCCUUACCGCCUGCUCAUGCACCGCUACCACCACACCGGCGAGUACCCCUACAAGUGUCGUGAGUGCCCCCGCUCCUUCUUGCUGCGCCGACUGCUGGAGGUCCACCAGCUCGUGGUCCAUGCCGGCCGCCAGCCCCACCACUGCCCGUCCUGUGGGGCUGCCUUCCCCUCCUCACUGCGGCUUUACGAGCACCGCUGUGCAGCUGCUGCCGCGCAGGCCCCACGGCGCUUCGAGUGUGGGACCUGUGGCAAGAAAGUGGGCUCUGCUGCUCGCCUGCAGGCCCAUGAAGCUGCCCAUGCUGCUGCUGGUCCUGGAGAAGUCUUGGCCAAGGAGCCCCCGGCUCCCAGGGCCUCAAGGGCCGCUCGCACACCAGUCACUCCCUCCCCAACAGCCCUCGGUGGUGCAGCCCCUGCUGCCCCGGCAGCCCCUGCAAGGCGGCGGGGCCUGGAAUGCAGUGAGUGCAAGAAGCUGUUCAGCACGGAGACGUCGCUGCAGGUGCACCGACGGAUCCACACGGGUGAGCGGCCAUACCCAUGUCCAGACUGUGGCAAGGCCUUCCGCCAGAGUACCCAUCUGAAAGACCACCGGCGCCUGCACACAGGUGAGCGGCCCUUUGCCUGUGAAGUGUGUGGCAAGGCCUUCGCCAUCUCCAUGCGCCUGGCAGAGCAUCGCCGCAUUCACACGGGCGAACGGCCCUACUCCUGCCCUGACUGCGGCAAGAGCUACCGCUCCUUCUCCAACCUCUGGAAGCACCGCAAGACUCACCAGCAGCAGCACCAGGCGGCCGUGCGGCAGCAGCUGGCAGAGGCGGAGGCCGCUGUGGGCCUGGCUGUGAUGGAAACCGCGGUGGAGGCUCUGCCCCUCGUGGAAGCCAUUGAGAUCUACCCGUUAACCGAGGCUGAGGGGGUCCAGAUCAGCGGCUGACUGUCCCCCGGUUUUCUCUUUAGCAUCUCCAAGCUCUAAUGCCGAAGGCCUCCAGCAGCCCCUUAAAACCUGUGUACAUACUGUAUCCCUCUCUCUUCACCGCCACACCAUAUAAGUUCUGUAACUUAAAUUUAUUUCCUCUUCCAAGGGGGUUUCUCCGGGGUCCUUGACACAUAAAGGACCCGCCCCCUGUCCCCACCUUCCAGCUGUUUGGUGGUCUCCAAAUAAGCCGUCAAUAAAGACUGAGUUGGACAUUUA